AUACAGCUCCGGCAUACAGGGAUCUGAUUGCCCAUCGUCUUUCUGCAGGGAUCAUAUCCCAUUUACCAAGUUAGGCGAUUUCAUCCAAUCCAUCUUGCGCCGACACCGAGGACAUCAGGAAUCUCCUGAGCAUUCAACAACCACACCAUACUAGUAACGCAUACCUCUUUGUCGUGCUAAAAAGGCGCCGCGCGCAACAUAAUAACGUGGCGUGUAUUCAGUUUCAUCCUCCAUUUUUCGUCAUGGAUAGACACGGCUCACCUGGCCUGGGCCCAAGACACGAUGGAUCUUCGAGGGUCCAAAAACCCGAGUCGGCGGCCGACAAGCUGGCUGCGCUUAAGGCCAGGGUCGCCGCAGCUAUAGGAAUGACACAGACAAAAGGCCCCGGUGGCGGGUCCAGUAAUGGCCUCGGUAGCUUGGGCGGCCUGAAUUCUGUAACAAACCAGGCCAGAGGAGGUCUGAAUGUUGGGCUUCAUCCUGCCCUCGCCGAUGUAGGACAGAUCAAGCCGCCAAGCAAAACCUUCAACGAUUCGCGGUCUUCGCGGUCGGCGCCCAAGCCUUCCCAGAAGCAGAAGCCCCUCGAUCUGGCUGGUCCCUCAGCAGACGAGAUCAAGAACAACCCCUACUACGACCCCAGCCUCAGUGCCCCCACCACUAAACCGCGCCAGUCGCGCCAGCUCAUCUUUAACCAGAAGGGCAAAUACAUAGCCCAAGCGAAUGCUUUGCGACGACAAGCCGCCCUUGAAGCGCUGAAGAAGAAGAUCGCCGCUCAGACCCGCAAGGUCGGCAUCGACGAGGACAUUGAUGUCGAGAAGAACUUUUUGGUCGAGGCCCCGCCCGCCAUCGAGUGGUGGGACGAAGGCUUGGUGGACGGGAACACAUACGACAGUAUCGAGGACCCCAACUUCAUCAAAAUCGAUACGCCCGACACUAUUGUGACGAGCUAUAUACAACAUCCCGUGGCCAUCGAACCGCCUCAGGAUAAGAACGCCCCCGCUCCGAAGCCCAUGUAUCUCACAAGCAAGGAAAUGGCCAAAUUACGGCGACAACGCCGCGGUGCUGAGCUGAAAGAGCAACAGGCCAAGAUCCGGCUGGGACUGGAGCCUCCACCGCCGCCCAAGGUGAAGAAGGGCAAUCUGAUGCGAGUACUGGGAUCCGAGGCGGUUCUCGAUCCCACGGCUGUCGAAGCCCGCGUUGAAAAGGAGAUCCGAGGACGUUUUGAAAUUCACAUGCAAACGAACGAGGAGCGCAAACUGAGCAAGGAAGAACGGCACACUAAGCUCAUCAAACACCAGGAAGAGGAUGCCGCCAAAGGUCUCCAUAUUCUUGUGUUCAAGAUUAGCACUCUGGCCAACGGCCAGCAUCGGUAUAAGAUCAACAUCAACGCCGAGCAGAUGGCCCUGACCGGCAUCGCUCUCAUGAAUCCCAAAAUGAACCUGGUCAUUGUGGAAGGGGGCGCGUAUAGCACCCGAAAAUACAAGAAACUCAUGUGUGACCGGAUCGACUGGACCGAGAAUGCGCCAUCGAGGGAUAAGGACGGCAAAAGCGAAGCGUUACGGCAGUGGCUGAUGGCCGAGGAUGAGAAGGGCGAACUGAAGGACAUGUCGCUUAACAAGUGCCAGCUCAUUUUCGAGGGCGAGGUCAAGUCGCGUGGCUUCCGGAAAUGGGGCAGCAAGGUGUGUGAGACGGAUGCGGAGGCUCGAGAAACACUGGCACGGGCCAAAAUGGAGAAUUUUUGGAACUUGGCAAAGUCGACGCAGUAAGGGGGGCAGACUGGUGGAAUUGUUGAAGGAGACCGUGACACGGCCGCCACAGUUUGGCCUGCUGGAUGGAUUUCUACCAAUAUCUCUGUGUCGAGCUAGAAGUACUAGAACUGGAUUUUCUUCUACAGCCCUGGACGAGGGGGUGCGUUUCUACCCAAUUGAAUGACUUCCAUGAAUAUAUACCCAAACAAUACCAAG